AUUAGACAUUUUGACCCGUCGAGCUCGCCGUCGCUACAGGAAGUCACAUUGUAUCCAUCGUUUGAUUGUUUCCAGACAAGCUACCAAAGUACCGUGUUUCAUACAUUUCACACACUAAAUUUGUUUGUAUCUAUCACAGAAUUGAAAGAGCAGCAUUUCAGUGUUGAUUUUAUAUGUAAGGAGGCAUUUGUAGCCAGUUCGGGUGACGUCUGACGCUGUAAAAACAGUACAUAAGCUGGAAGGAAACAUACGGGCGCAUUGUAGCCCUGUUUCAUAUUCAUACUUCAAUAUCAGUCUGAAGCUUCAUCUAAAAUGAUGAACUAUUCUGACUACGACUCUGACGGCUAUUCGUCUAAUGAAGACGCAGACUACGUCCCAUCAGAUGAUAAUCUCAGUGAGGAUGACAUUAAUGAGUGUGAAAAGGAAGACCCUCUGCACGAGGAUGACGAUGUGCCACAUCCUGAUAAUGUCAGCAAGAAGAAGAGAAAGAAGAAGGACAUCGGUAUGAGAAAGAGGAAGAAAGGAGUAUUGAAAAUAGAGAAGGAAGAGAAGGAUGGAGGUGAAAAAGAGGAGGCACAGCCACCACGGGAAGAGGAGGUAAAACCCACAGAGGUAGAGGAGGAUGAUGACGCAAGACAGAAGAAAAAAUCAGAUGACCUCUGGGCGAGUUUCCUGUCUGAUGUUGGAUCCAGACCCAAAGAAUCCACACCUGCCUCACAGUCAAGUACAACACAGAAGGCUGAUUCCUCAGUGUUGAAAGUCUCUCCUUUAAGAACAGAAACGAAAGCACCAGAACCCGCUAAAGUCACCAUCACUAAGGUUUUUGACUUCGCUGGAGAAGAAGUUAGGGUGAACAAAGAGGUGUCAGCAGACUCCAGGGAAGCUAAGACUUAUCUGAAGAGCCUAAACACUGAACAGGAGGUGAAUGAAGAUGAAGUGAGGAGGUCAUCACCCAGUCCACCACCUCUUCCUUGCUCCAGACAGAGAGUCAAUAUGGGUGCCAACUCCAAGCCUUCCUACUUUUGUGCCAAAGAUAAGUAUCUCAGUUUUGUCUGCAUUUAGCUGGAGAAAGUUCCAAAACUCAGAGUUAAGAAGAGAUGUCUCUGUACUGUGGUGGGGCUGAAAUCCAGAUCGAAGUUUAUCAAAGUAGCCAUUCAUUUGAGAUCAAAAAGUUACUUAGUUGCUUAUAGACAACUUUUUAAAUUAUUUCACCCACAAAGGGGAGGUUUUACAUCGGGCUGUAGUUUGUUAUCACAGAGGUGUUCAGGCUACUCCUUCUCAGGAGAGGCUUGAUGACUGCAGUUUUCAAGGCUUCAGAAAAAUUACUUGAUGGCAGAGAUGCUCCAUGUUAGAUUUGCGGAGAAGUGGAUUAAGAGCAGAGGAGAAAAUAUAGUGCAGAAAAUGAUCAGGUAGCUCUAGGCCAAAAUGUAUAACUCAAAUAGUAGAGGGGCUCAUAAUCAUUGCUUACGAUGCUGCACUUCUGCUGCUCUUGAAGGAAAAAAACGUGUCUCUUUAUUUGCAACAUGCCAUAAUAGCAACAACACACACAGGCCAAUAUGUCGUACCCAUAAUGGAAAUAGCUCAGUGCAACGCUAGUGUCAACAAUAUUAAAAUAUGCAUAUACAACACACAACAUGUGCACAGGCACAUUAUAUCAUAGCAUCAGUAGCUUAAAUAAGCAAAUAAAAGCAAAUAAAGCUCAGUCUGUACCUGGUGGGGGAGGGAGGCGGCUACAGGUACAGGGUGACACUUUCCUCACCAAUGUCCUCAAUGUCCUGAUUCUUCAGAUCCUGUCUGCAGUUCAUAUGAGAAAAUGGCUCAUGAGAUGUACAAUGAUUAAAAGCUUUCUGUCUGAAUUUGCUGCCUGUUGAUCUCAUUAAGAUUGUGUUAAACUUAAGUUGCUUAGCAGUGAGACUCCUAUCAAACCUGCCACGCAGUGUAUUUUGAUUUUGAGGCUGUAAUGCUCAGCAGUUAGUGCCUAAACUUGCUGCUAUCUAGCUACAGGUUUUCUGGGAGAAAUGUUGCAUGAAAUUAGUUCUGAUUGUUUCCCAACAAAAAUAUGCUGUACAACUGAAAGAGAAUGUCACCCAGCAACUGUAACACACCUGCCUCCUUACAAGAGACUGAGUUACUCCAACAAAACUAAAGCAAUCUCUGACUGUUAUGCUGUGACUUUUCUAAUAUAUUACUGAUGGCGUACUGUGACAGUGGAGAGGCUUUGAGGUGAACUCAUACAUUUUCAUUACUGCUCUCUUUACCUGCACUUUGCAGUGCCUGCCUGCUGUGUACAGUGCUUGGUGAAGGUAGUUUGCUACAGAAAUAGCUGAUGCCGCAUCACAUCUCUGUCUCACACAAAAUAUAAUUCCAUGUUUUUCAUACUUGUUCACUGUGAUGAAGGCAUUAGUGAUGUGGCUACUGUUGAUACUGUAUGCAUUCAAAUGGUUAUUGUUUUGUUCAUGUGAUAUUUAAGUGGUAAUUUGACUGAGAAGACCAGGCUGAGUACAACAGUACAGACCCUUCAUCAUAAAGUUUCUGCCAUGUGUAGGGGAGACAUGCUUCAGCACCUGUAGUGUGUCACCUUAAGUUUGAGUCCUUAGUGUGUCACCUAAAAGUUCCGUCCCUUGUAUUUGCAGUGCUAAGCGGCCAUCAGGCAUGUCGAGCAUCCUGAGUCGUAUCGGGGGAAAGAAACAGAAGAUGAGCACGCUGGAAAAGUCAAA